AUGGCCUACGAUCUAUUGCGAAAUGCAUCAAUCCCUGACGUAUCACAUUCCACCACCCGUGAGUUAAUCCUAUCGUGGCGCGUGCCACUUGAUCAUGGAAAACACGACUGCACACAUUCGCCCAAGGCAACCCUGGGCACCUUACACGCCUUCCCCGCCGAGCUACAGCAACGCACUGUAUCUUACCUCGAUAUCAAGUCAUUUCUUGAAUUCCGGCGCGUCAGCAAGUUAGCCAUGCACCUCGUCAACUCUCUGCUGGAAUACCAGAAAAUCAUGACCCAUGCGCCCACAGCUUUGCGCAUGGCUAUCGCUAUCAAAACACACCACAGAUACACCAUUUCCGAUCUCUUCGCUGCAUUAUGCCAACGCCACUGUGAGGACUGCGGGACACUGGCUCAUUAUGUCUGUCUCUUUACCUGCCGCCGUAUCUGUCUGAGCCAGGAGAAAUACUGUGAGGGUAGCUUGGCACCAUGUUUGGUUAGAUCUGAUCCAACCGGGGUCUACGGCAUCACCCGCGGCGUGCUUGGACACGUCAUCAUGGUCACUGAUAUUCCCGAUAAUGUUCCGCGGUUUUGGCCUGUUCCUGGCUUCUAUAUGCAUACCCGAAUUGCCGGCGAAGGCGGCAAAUCUAAGUAUCAUCUCAUCCGCAAUGGUGAUUCAUACGUUGACAUGAAUUACAUUCUUCCUGGCUGGAAACUGGAUAUCGACCCAUUUUUAGGAGAAAAAAUCGAGACAGAGAUGGUGCUGAAGAAGAGCAUCUCGGCUGUUGUUGCACCUAGGCUGAGCAAGAUGAGCUGGGGUGCGGAAUAUGGUAUGCAUUGCCCAAUCUGCAACGCUAAAACGGAGAGACGUAUCGAUUGGCUUGAACCAUGCUGGGAUGCUAGCAUCGAUAUUCGGCAGUAUGAUGUUUGGACUAAAGAAGAGCUAGGGAAGCAUAUGCGUGAGGAGCAUGGUGUAGUAGAGAAAUUAGUUCAGGUAGAUUGA